AUGGCCGAAGCCACAGUCGAAAGAGCAAGUGAACGAUUUUAUUGCCAUGAGUGCAAUCGAGAAGUUUCUCUGAAUUUACCAGUAAGUGUUAGUUUGUAUGGAUUUGUACAGAGUGGAUUUUUCGUUGGAAUCAGCGUUGCAAUCACGUACUUAGUCGAUAUGGAACCGUAAUUCUACCAUUUUAACUUUAUCAAAUGAGUGAUCAGUUUUAGCAACCCAAAUUUCCUUUAUUGGGAUUAUAAGUGUCAGCUAACGCUGCUACGAUAAGAGUGUGUUAAAAUGAAGUUAUGGUUAAGUCGGUGACCAUCGUUUUAAAGGGAAAAAGUUGAGUCCUUUUGUGAACUAAAUCGCUUCCGCCAUGUCCACGAAAACCACGAUAAUAGUUUGUACCACAUAAAGGCGUAUUUGUUGUGCGAUUGUUUUUUUCUGAUUUACCGAAAGUUUUUGUUCAGAACCGAAGAAAAAUGGAAAUUCGGCUAUCAAGCUGUGUAAACUAUGCAUCAGCUGUCAAAGAAACUUUCUGUGAAUCAAUUUAAUCGUUUACCGUAAAUUUGAAGCACGGUGUUGUGUAAUAGAGUAAAAGUUUCUUGGUAGCAACGACGUAAUCGAGGAGUACUUGACCGAAGUCCGGAUUCGUAGUUAUGCAUCGAUUACAUAGACUAAUUUUUGUCAAUGUAAUGGAUGGUUAUUUUCACUUUUGCAUGUCUCGAUAUGCACUCCAGAAAAGCAUCUGUCUUAUGAUAUAAUCCUGGUAUUUAGAUUAAGAAACUAUUCAGAGGAAUUGUAAUGGAAUAUACUCUACAUUUACCCCAUUUUUGCUUAGAUGCUGCAAGUUUUUUUUAGAUGGCAGCUGUUUUAAGGCAUAGGUGUAAGAUUUUCUUCAGAUGAUAACACUACUUCUUAAUAAGUAUGCAAAAAGUAUAAGAAAGUUGCAAAAAUUUAAAAUUUUCAACAAGUACACAGAUCUGAUGGAAAAGGGGAUUUGAUUUUACAGUCCUAACUUGUUAAAAAUCAGUAAACCCUGGUCAUAGCUUGUAAUAAUUAUCAAUCAAUACUUGGCAAUAAAUAUUAUGCAAUUAGAAAUGACAUAGCUUCCUUCUAAUGAGCUGACUGGCUCAGUAGUUAUGUUUCAAAUGUAUUUCUUGUGUUCUUGUAGGAUUUUACUUGUUCACAAUGCCAGGGAGAAUUUAUUGAACAGUUAAGUGACAGGUAGGUUGCUAUAUGAUAACAGAUCAAUUACAUUGUAACAGUUAGGAAAGUUAACAAAUGAUAAUUAAGUACAUGAUUACCUUAGAUUGUCCUGAAUACAUUCAAUGUUUCUAUACCAUUUUUCAUUGCAGCUUGAGGAAGGAACUGUUGGUAAUUAAUUUAGAUUAUAAUAAUAUACUUUGAUAAUCUAUUGGUACAUAUAUGUUCAAUAGUGUUUGAUCUCUGGGAAUGAAGAAUCAAUGUCUAAUGAAGUCUAAUACUCAGAGUCCACAGAUGUACUAUGGUCAGUUGUUGGUCAUUAUAUAGAGGCUCAGAGUCCACAGGUUUGAUGGUCAGUGGUUGGUUAACAUAUCAAGACUCAGAAUCAUUGAUAAUAAAGGAAAUUUCUUCUUUGUCUGUCUGUUUGUAUAACUCCCACUGGUGGCAGAAGUGAUUUUUAAGCUUGGAUAUGUAACUUGCAAAAUUCCUUUGUUCAAGAGUUUAAACAUUUGACCAACUGUAUUCCCAAGAGCCUGAUUGAGUGAGUUACUUAUUGAGUGCCAAACUCUUAACAGCAAUGAAGAAGAAGAAAGUACAGCAGAAGCUGAAAGAGACCCAGCCACCCACUUUGCAGAGGUGAGAAGUACAUGUGGACUUCAUCCACUAAAAUUGACUGAACAUAUAUGUUGCCUUUACUGCUCAACGACUCAAUAUUUAUUGGUGAAAUCUGGUAAACCUCUGUGAUUGGACACACAAUAUAUGACAUCUUUCUUAUUCUAUUUACAAACAUGAUGUUAUGGACAUUCCAGACUGUAGCAGUAUGCUGGACACCUGUCAUACAUGAACUUAGUUAUGGCCUUCUAAAAUCUCUGUGGCUCAGUUGUAGAGCAUCAGAGCACAAUAUUUGAAGGUCUGAGUUCAAUUUCUCAUGGGGACUCAGAACUUUUUCUUUGUCCAAGGCUGGUGACUAGACAAAAAUGUGUCUUUUUUUAGUAUUGUUAUAGGUUGUAGGUCCAAAUAAGUGAAGUGCCUGUCUUUUACUACAACCCAUGUAUUUAAUAAAGUUUGACUGAGAUUGGUUAUUGUCAUUACAGAUAGGCCAGCCCCAGCAAAGAGAAUCCCAUUUUUCUCAACAUGUCUCAACACUCUUUUUUUAUAUCAUUAUUGUCUUAUUAAUAUUUCAUUACAAUUCAUUUUCAGUUGGUUCACAGAAGUUUGUUUGGACAACUGCCAGGUAAUAAGAGAAAUUUAGAAAGAUGAUAAGUAUUAAAUUUGGAUAUGUUAUCAAAUAAAAAGCAAAGUUAACUAAAUAUCAACACAGCUGGUUACAAAAAUUAUUAACCAAGAAAAAAUUAAUUACAGCAUAUAAAGUGGUUAUAGAAAAUUAUUCUCAUUUAAGCAUUAUUCUUUCAAUGAAUCAGAGGAAAUAGUGGUAAUAUUAAUUUAUGAUUAAUUUCCUAAUGUCCACUGAAGCUGGAAAUUUGGACUCUCUAGAUGAAGGAAGGAGACGACCCCGUAGACCACGAACAAGAAUAAGUAUUCGUACCAAUCAGAGGCCAGGAGAAAGAGGAGAUGCUGCCAAUGCCACAACUGCUGCAGCAAUUGAUGUGUAAGUUGUUAGCUAUGAUUUAAAACAUCUUGAGAAGUACUAUGUGCCAGUACUAUUACAUAUUGUAAUUCUUUUGUUUUACAGAAUUCUUCAAAAUCUUUUUGGUGGAUUAGCAUCACCAGGUAUUUUGCUUGUUUGAUUUAUCUUUUCAUAUAUCAUAUGAUUGUGAAGGUAUAGCUCAAUUCUGAGUAUUGGAAUCAUUAUAUUCUACACAGUAUAUCCACAAGUUCACCAUAGUGUCUCUUUGAUUUGCUGCUGUUUUUAUAUUUAUUCAAGGUAGUAAUACAAGUGAAGAUGGAGCAGGAACAUCUGGAAAUAUGGGAUUUCCAUUGUAAGUAUUUUUAUCUUUUAACCAUUUCAAUAUUAGUAGAUGGUUAUAUGAAAUUCGUGGAACUUUUAAGCACAAUUUAUUUUAGAAUUGUCAUCACUACCCAUGGAUGAUGCUAUUUUGACGAGUUAUCAGCCCUUAACACAACAUAAAAAGAUUGGCCAGACUCAUAAUCCUGAAUCAGUGAUAUUACUUGCCUGCUGCUGUGUCUUUCAUAUCACAUGGGACAUUAAUGUUAGACAUUUAUUCUUAAGACUUCACUGUACAUUUUUUCAGUACGUUUGUUUUGUGGGCAAGGCAGUUGCCUUGUGGCUAUAUUACCCUACUGGACUCUUGAUCAAAAGUUUUCCCUUGGACAUCUCUCCAUCACAUGGCAAAGACACUUUCUUUCACAGUGCCACUCUCCACCCUGAAUAUAAAUGGGAAGGGGAAACCCUACAAGGGACUGUGGUCCUAUCCAGGGGGAAAUAACGAUACUCCUUGUUACUGCAUGCUAUCAAAGUGCAAUAAGCUCCAGUACAAUGAAUCUCCCAGCUUUUUAUCUGACUCUUAUUUUUUUUUUUUUUAUCUAAUAGCAACUUGUUGCGUCUUCAUGGGAACCCUGCUGAUUAUGCCUGGGGUGCAGAGGGAUUGGAUUCAAUAAUAACACAGGUGAGAGAACAACGAAAAGAAAAAGUUCUUUUAAGUGUUAAUACUUUGUCAUUGGUUUGACCCCAAAUAACUAGAAUUGUAGUAAAAGGAAGCAUUGUAACUAGAAAAAAAGCAAAACAAAAAUGAAAUGAAAAUCUCUCAAAACUGAAAAAAACUAUGGGCUAGUGUAUGAUCCCAAAUGAAAAAAAUUAUGCAAGAGACAUGUCAAUUAAAAAAAAAAAAAGAAAAGAAAAUUACCUUUUUUCAUUCGUGAAACUGAAAACCAGCUGUCAAUAAAGGGAAAAACCCAAAAUGGCAGCAGAUACCAAAACCAAACUCUACAUUGUGAGUGCAAAAACAUGAAAACUGAUCUCAAAAAGCAUUGACACAAAGAAGCCAAUUUCUGCCUCAUAAUGGAUGAUCAGUUCAGAGCAGUAAUUAUAAUAUCCAUUCCACAGCUUCUAAACCAGAUGGAUGGAGCAGGACCACCCCCUGCAGAUUCCAAAAAGAUAGAAGAUCUUCAAAAAGUAGAAGUUACAGAAGAGUCAGCAGGUAAGAGAACAUAACAGUUACUAGACAGGUUUAUUCCAUUCUGGUAUGUAAAGCAGGAAUACACUUCAGCAUUCACUAGGUUCUAGGUUUGUGUUUCCAUUAGAGCAUCCCUUCUCUUUGAUUUCACAGACAGCUGUGCCAUAGGAUCACCUUCCUCAAAUGUUAUUGUGUACCUUUACAUGUUUUACCUUUUUUUUUUCUUUUUUUUGUCUAGAGUCUGAUAAAUUUUGUGCUGUAUGCAAAGAACAGUGUUCAAAAGAUGAGGAUGUUAGGAGAUUACCCUGUAGUCAUAUAUUCCAUUUUGGUUGUAUAAAACCAUGGUUAAAAAUGGUGAGUACAUAUUUUAGUAGGUAUAUAAUUUUAUUAUUAUUUAUUUAUUUAAUGGUUUUCACCAUGAUCACAAUGCUAAAAUAAGACAAGGAAGAAGAAAUACAUUUGAAGAAGUCACAAGAAUGAGAGACAAAGGACAAAGGUGUGGGACCCACAACAGAGUAACACUCCAAAUUAAGUGUGCCCUUAAGAAAAAUACACAAUUACUAUGUAACACUAAAAAAAUCAUAAGAAGUAUAAAAAUCCUAAUAACUCCAAUAUAAUAAUACACGCAAAAGCAUAAUGUUAUUCCUUUUUCUGUUGUUUGACAAAGGCUUUGUACUUGGCUAAAAUUUAGAAUCAACAAUUAGUUAUAUUUCACUUCAGGAGAAAAACAACCAUGUUGGGAACAAGGCAAAUUUUAAUUGGUUCUUUGUUAUGUCUAUAGGGAGGUGAUCACAAAUAAAUUAAACAGAUUAAAUAUUUGACCUGUGGAUGACUUCAAAGGAAGGCAUGAUCCUCGUAGAUAAACUACAAUAGCCCAUUUCCAAAUUAUCUUUGGGCUCUUUUGAGCGAGUGUAGGUGCUCGUCCUUUCAUAUCACAAUAAUUUUUCAUUCACAUGCAAAUUAAACUCAUUUUCAUGCAAAUCAAAGCACCAAGCCUUGUUUUGAAAAAAGAAGGCCAAAAGUAAUUCAGAAAUGGCCUAUUAAAGAAAUAGCAGAAAGAAGAGCUUGAAAAAUUCAGACUUCAGCAGGAUUCAAACCUUUGCCUUAAAGGUAAUACCUGUAGUUGGUUUAUUUUUAUACUAAAUGUAAAGUUUUCUCCUUUUUUCAGCAUGAUUCUUGCCCUGUCUGCCGCUUGAGUCUCAGCAAUACCCAAACAAGAGGGUCACGAGAUAGUGAUUCAAGCACACCUGAACAGUUUCAUUUAUGAAUUAAACUGAUUUGAACUGGGAAAUCUGAAGCUUUUGAAUUUUUUUUUGUUACAAUCUAGUCUUAAGUUAUUGAGUACAUAACACAAUAGAGACAAUAUGGGAUGCUGUGAAUAUUUCCACUGUAUUUCUGUUAGAACAACAGUUAUGCUUUUUCAUUAUAAAGUUUAUUUACAGGUCACAAUUACUGCUUUUGUUUGUAAUGAGUGUAAAUAAAAACGUGAGUAUAAGGUUAUGAAAUAUUGGAAUUUCUGGUUUGCUAGAGGCUGUCAAUUAAUGUACGUCUGCAGACAUCACAUUAUUUUACAAGCCAAGUAACAAGCAUCCAGUUUUAAGCUCCCAAAAAUUCCUGGAAACAGAACUUUUUUUCUCCCUUGCAUUUUAAUAUCUUAUUAAUUUUCAGUAUUAGUCUAACCCUCAGCUAUAAAAAUUAUAGGGAGCUUUGAAAUACCAUUGCCUUUUGUACAUCUGCCUAUUGUUUGAGACUGUUACAUUAAAACCCAAGCCUAUUGAAUACUUGGACGCUAGUCAGGAAAUAGGGCCCAGUACACAAAGGAAAGGUACACUGGGAAGGUUUUUGUAGAAAGUAAUGACAGCAAAUAAUCCUCAUCUUCAAAGAAAAUUUUUCCUGCAGUGUCAUCUUAUUACUUAAGAAUAGUUACAGUGGGAACUUAAAUAAAACAUAAAUAUAUAUCGGAAAAGCAAAGUGAAACAAGUAAAACUAUGAGAGGAAACUUUGGUGCCCUUUUAUGACAUUUCCCAGCUUGUUUACAAGUGAAUCUCAAUUUGAUAAAAUUCACCCAGUUUUCCUGCUUGUCCUCAAAUACUCAGAAAGUGGAUUACUAAAGGGGAGGACAUGAUGUGUUUCUAAAAAUUUCAAAGGAAAAAACAAUGUAGAUAUAUAUUCCAAGUUUUUUUCUGUUCUUCAAAAUAUUUUAAGUUACUGGUAGCUAUCUCACACAUGUAAUUGGAUUUAACAAAGAUUUCUCAAAGGUUGAAUUACUUCAUUACAAAAUUAAAAACAAGUAAUCAGACAUAGGUGAUGCUAGUUUUCUUUUGUCAUAGUACCCAUAACUUACUCCUGAAAAGGACAAAAUUUUAAAUAAUUUGCUCAAUGUUAAGGUUCGAUGAAGAUCCCGGGGUGAGGUAAUCCAGGAAAAAUUACUUCAGAUAUUGAAAAUUUUUUUGAAUUGGUUUGGAUGUUUGUACAAUAUCUAAAUGUGCACCAUAAAGUCUUGAUUUUGGAAAUUAUUUGUGGUGUUUAUUUUUGCCAAUAUAAAAAUAAAUCUUAACACUGGUAAGCGUGAAGAAAUUUGUAUUUCCUUAUUAAAGAACUUGGUAGGGGAAUGAUGUUGAUGUCGCAAGUCCUUAUCGAUACAACUUUGAUCAAAUGAGGUUAACAUUUAUGUAGACUCCACCAUUUGCAAAUACCAAAAUUUGUAUAAUCAUCCAAAAAGAAAUUCAUUUACUUCUUCUAUUCUAAGCUAGUUUUAUUACAUCUUUCAAUUCCAAAAUAAAAUUUUGUAUUAACUGUUAAUUAGAUCAUGCUGUACCGAUGACCUAAAUAUCCUCAGAAUUUAUUGCAUGGAAACUGUGUAAGUUGAAAUCCUAGUACAUGGCACAUUUUAUAUUAGUUGUCAAACAGUUGAUAAUGUAUUGAUCAAUUUGAAGCUUCAACAUUCCUUUCCCUCUCCCCCUCCAUCAGGCACUUGAACUUUUGGAAAUUGGCUUGUUCAGAUUCCCUCUUUACCCAGGCCAAAAUUGAAUUCAAAUGCCACACCCAAUAAUGAGUGAUGCUUUGUGUGAUCGCAAAUAUAUUCCAAUUUAGCAAAGUCGUAUUAGAUUCUGGUUUUGUCAUUAAGUUUUCCAUUGUAAACAUUCAAAGAUGAAAAUAGUCUUUCUAAACCAUUCACUCACAAAAGCAGACUCCUUACCUUUAAAUCCUCUAUUAAACUUGUGUAUUAUGCUGAAGACUUGACCCUCCCAGUUCAAAUGCC